AUGUACGACGAGAAGCCCUCAGUUGAGAACAUCUCUGCGGAGCAGGCCCACGCCCAGGCCCAAGCUCAAGCUCAGCUUCAGGCUCAGGCCCAGGCCGCUGUCGCUGCCGCCCACCAUGAGGCUAUCCUCAAUGGCUGGCACAACCCUAUGGCUCGUAUCCACACCGGAACCGAGCCCAGGUUGCCUGCCUUCGGUGGUGAAUUCCAGCCCGGUCUCUAUCGCCCUGUCAAGGAACGCAAGUUCGCCAACCCGGCUCCUCUGGGUCUCUGCGCUUUCGCCCUUACUACCUUCAUCCUGUCCUGCGUCAACCUUAACGCCCGUGGCUUGAACGUCCCCAACGUUGUCGUUGGUGUUGCUCUCGCCUAUGGUGGUCUUGUUCAGCUCCUUGCCGGCAUGUGGGAAAUGGCUGUUGGCAACACCUUUGGUGCAACUGCUCUUUCUUCUUUCGGUGGUUUCUGGAUCGCCUAUGCCAUUCUUCUCACUCCGGCCUGGAACAUCCUUGGCGAGGGCGGUCCCUAUGCUACUGAAGCAGCCAAGGCGGUUGAUCCCAAGAUGGGGGCUUCUGCUGUUGGCAUCUUCCUCACCGGCUGGUUCAUCUUCACCACCAUUUUGCUUCUCUGCACCUUGCGCUCCACCGUCAUGUUCUUCAUGCUUUUCUUCACUUUGGAUAUUGCCUUUCUCAUGCUGGCUUGCGGCGAGUUCGCCAACAACGAAGGAAACCUCACUGCCUCCCACAGGCUCACCCAGGCUGGCGGUGUCUUCGGCAUGCUCGCCGCCUUCUUGGCUUGGUACAACGCGUUUGCUGGUCUUGCGGAUAGCAGCAACUCCUUCUUCCUCCUCCCCGUCUUCCACUUCCCCUGGUCUGAGAAGGGCCGUGAGACCAGGAUGGCUGCCAAGUCUGACCGCGAGCAGGCCUAA